AUGGAUCCAACUAUCUCUGAGACCAUCCUGGACUGCUCAGUUAUCCCACCAGGCCGCUGCCACCAGCUGGCCAGCAACUGCGUGUCACCCCCGUGCGGUGCCCACCCUCGGGAGCCAGAUCUCUCUCUGCUCCGGCGGCACCAAGGGAGCCCACCCACUCUCCGCACUAACCUGGCCGCCGCACACUCGCCGGGCUCCGCUGCGCGCGGCUUCCGGGUGUGCGCAAAGACGCAGGGGCGGCGCCCCAGCCCGAGCCGCCGGGUCAGCCCGCGUGUCCCGCCUUCUCCGCUCAGGGCCUCUCCUUCCUGCCCCGCUGUCCUCCGUGGCCAGUCCCCUGCCUCAGGGCAAAGCCCACCUAGUCUGCUGAGCAGAAAACUGCCAGAGGAAGUGUUGGCGCUCAUCUUCCGCGAUCUGCCUCUUAGAGACCGGGCUGCAACCUCCAGAGUCUGCAAGGCCUGGGCUGCCGCCACCAGCAGCAGUGCUGUGUGGCGUGACACCAACAUCAGUUGUGACAGUGAGCUGGAAGACUUGUUGCCACCGUAUUUGUAUGCCUGCCUGGACCACAUUCACAACCUACGGCUGGAAUAUGAGCCAUCAAAGAAGCCCAGCCGCCGAGCAGCCACCGAGCUACUGAGGGCUCUUGCCGACCGAGCCCCAGGACUUCGAGGCCUACGCUUGGAAUGCCGCGGAGAGAAGCCGCUUUUCGACGCCGGCGGCGACAUCCUGAGUGCUGUGCACGCAGUCUGCGGAGCCGCUCCCCAACUGCGCCACCUCCACCUGCGCCGCUUGCCCUACACACUAGACGACACGCUGGUGCUUCAGGCUGCACGUGGCUGUCCCGAGCUCCGUAGCCUUUUCCUGGACAACCAUGCACUAGUGAACAACGUGCAGCCCAGCUCUGUGCUCAAGCUUUUGGAGGCUUGCCCGCACCUGCGCGCCCUUGGACUGCACCUGGCCAGUCUGUCGCCUAAGGCGCUGGAACUGCUGGCCGCACCACAUCGCGCCCCUUUUGCACUCCUGGCUUUGAGGUGCGCGUGCCCCGAAGAUGCUCGUGCGUCCCUCCUGCCUGAUGAAGCCUGGGCGACACUGCGUUGCCGCCACCCUGGGCUAGAGGUGGAGCUGGAGCUGGAGCCUGCGCUUUCUGACGAGGCCGUAACGCGCGUCCUGCAACCAGCCGUACCAGUGGCUGUGCUGCGUCUCAACCUCUCGGGUGACACGGUAGGGCCCGUGCGCUUCGCAGCGUGCCACUACGCCGAAACUCUGCGCACCCUCGAGGUGCGCGCAUCCGCUUCCACCGAGCUGCACACCGCUCUGGAGGAGGUGGCGGCGCGCUGCGCGGGCUUGAGGGAGAUACACUGCUUCUGCGUGGUGAGACCCUCGGUACUGGACGCCUUCCGCGCGCAGUGUCCGCGCCUGCGCAGCUACACCCUCAAACUAAAGCGUGAGCCGCAUCCCUGGCGGCCCACGCUGGUGCGGUGAUUGGGCAAUCUCACCACUCCA